CUCUGGUGAAGAUCAUCUGUUAGUUCAAGGAGAAGUCGCAUCGUUCCGACUUUUGAUUGUCUGCAAGAUGUUGAAAGCUCUUCGCAUCCGUCUUUAGUGCUAGAAGCCUACAGUAGCGGGAACGACCAUCACGACAGCCACAGUAACGCAACUCUACAGUGGGGCGGUGUGUACGAGAGCACUCCAGCCGCCAACAAGUACUUUCUCUGGUUAGAUGUCAAACAGCUAAACGCUACUGUGCAAGCAGACGAAGAUGAUCAUGGCGCCGCGGGUCACGGUGGCCACGACGUCCGAUCAUCAUGGUGAAAUGAAAGCGCCAUUGAUUACCGUGUUUGGUGCGGCAAGCGAGUCUGCAGCAGAGACUGCCCUUGAAACAACGACUUCACCCGAAGGAGCAUUGGCUGAACACCUGCUGGAAGAAGGUGCUGAGGGACACGGAUGCGUGCGCAACAUCACGUCAUUGGCACUUGGUGGCACCGAGGAAUCUGCUUUAGACUCGGCCACCAUGUCUUCGAAUGCCACGUGUGCCUACCGCUUGCUCUUGGAGGCUGCGCAUGAGGAAAGCGGCAAUCACUCAGCGCACGAAAAAGAGGAGGCCCUUACUCUUCCGUUUCGUCUCUUCCGCCUUGAUUUCGCUGCGAGCACGCAUGUUGUGGCAUUUUCUUCAACGAAAAACCUCAGUUCUGCGAUGACUCUGCUGGACGCAAGUGGCAGCAAGGUUGCUCCGGAGCACGUUCUCCAUGCUGGGGUUGCGGAAUCGUAUGCAGGACACGGGCAUGGAACUGGCCAUGGCGGACAUGCGGGCCACGGUCAUACCGGUCAUGGUCACGCGCAUGCUGCCACUGCAGAUCAUCACGACGAACACGACCAUAAGCCAUGGGGAGAGAUGCUCCUUGCCUGCGCCAUCGUCAACUUUGUCGGUCUAAUGGGUGUUUUGGUGAUCGUGGUGUCUGCUGUGUGCUGCAAGGAUGCAAUGACUGCCUCGUCUCAAGAUGUGUUCCCGAAGGAGGUUGGGUGA